GACACUACCAGUUGGUAGCGAAUGAUACAGCGUAUGUAAGUUUAGGUGCGCGUGUAGUUAUAAUACAUAUAUUUAUAUCAGCAUGACAUGUUAUAUCUAAGCUCGAAAGAUUUUGUCGAUUGAGUGGAAUUAGUUCUAAUAGGUAUUCAGGAUCAUAGUAUAAAGCGAACAUGACUUUGACAGGAACAGACGGCAAUGUGGUAAACCAAAACGACCACGGUCAUAACAACAGGUGUCCACAGAGAUCCGACAUGGAUGAGCGUGUUGGAUAUCACAUAAAAAGAAAGUACAGGCGCACGUCCUCUGUUGCUCUUUUAAUUCCCGAAGACGUGGGCUUCCUUAGGACAGACGAAUCCCCAACAAGAGAAGUGCCGACUAAUACGUUUUUCAAAUAUCCCUCGUUGACCUCACUGUGCGAUGACCUGGACUCGUGCGAGCUGUCAGAUCUCCAAUUUAGUGGAAUACAAGAAUCAAACAGUAUGCACAUAAGCAAUGUACGGUGUGCACAGGAUGUUGCCUGCAAUAGUGAAGACUUAUUUGUAAAAGACGAGGACGGCGAUACGGCUUUGCAUCUUGCAAUUAUUUUGGAAUACCUUUUGUUGGUUAGUAAAAUAAUUCAAAUGGCCCCAACGUAUACGUAUCUCUCAAUGCGAAACAAACUAUUCCAAACGCCACUUCACUUGGCGGUCAUUAUGAACCAGAAGCACAUCGUACGUAAGCUUGUGUGCGCAGGCGCAGACGUAACGGCAGUCGAUAGGAACGGAAAUACGCCGCUUCAUAUAGCUUGUCGUGAUGGGUUGUACGAAAUAGCUCGUUAUUUGUUAGAACCAGUACGAUACAGCGAAAUCCAAUGCAAUCCUUACGAUAUACCUUAUCAGAAAAUUCCGCAGGAUUUUGAUAUCGCAAACUACGACGGAUUGACCUGUCUGCAUCUGGCAGUCAUGAAUGGGCACAUGGAUAUACUGCAACUCCUCAUCGAACGCGACGUAGACUUGAACAUGAUUGAGCGAAAAGCGGGUACAACUGUUCUUCACAUGGCUUGUAUUAGCGGUGACGUCAAACUGGUGCGGACGUUAAUGAGUGUUCGGGCAUGCAAUAUGGACGCUCGGACGUACAGUGGGUACACAACCCUGGACCUGGCCCUUUGCUAUCACCAGGACGGGGUAUACACGAUCCUUGCGGCUGCAGGCGCGAAACCGGGUGCCGAAUCGAUGGACAGUGACUCGGACUAGAGCACCCAUAUUAUUGUAUUAGCUAGGAUAACACAAUUAUUUUUCGGUUGAGGGUAAAUGGUAUAUGUGUUCCAUUGACAUUAACCUAAUUUAUUUUAGUGUAAAUACUAACUACGUUUUAUCGUGUGUUUAUGCUGCACCCAGUACGUUCUUUUCAUGUAUUUAUACAUUUAUACUGUAAAAGGCCUGAGUUUUAAUAACUAGAAGCCCAAAUAACGUCUUACAAUUUACAGCUGAAAGUAUCUAAAACAUCAACAGUUAGCUUACCCCGCUUGUAAACAUUGGAUAUACGUUUACUUGUCUUCGUAUUGUUUGAAUUUUGAUAGUUUAACAGGCAAAUGCGUCAUACACAUAUACAUAUAAUCAAAAUGCAUGCAAAAAAUAAUUACAAUUAAAUCAACUAAGCCAUUAAAAAAUCAAUAGUUAUUUAAAAGCGAUGCUUGUUCUUGACUGUAUUGACCCGGAGUGUGCCCCUGCACUCCUACCUAUUUAACUUACAAGACUCACGAAUGUAAGGACGAAUUGUGAAUCAUAGUUGCAAUUACGAGCUAUUUUGCUGUUACUGAAAGUUUUUAAAUGUUGGUUUGGUCUUGUGCUGUGGAGAAAGCCGGAGUACCUGGUGGAAACCCCACCUGUCCGGUAUGGUGACCACCAGCCGGAGUACCUGGUGGAAACCCCACCUGUCCGGUAUGGUUACCACCAACAAUCAAACUCACAUGCUGCCGGGAACGGGCAUUGCACUUUGGUCGCCUAGGUGAAAAGCGAGUUUACCAACCACUGCGCUAGCCGGACAACACCAGAAUAGAUUGACUAUAUCAAAUAAUAUUAAGACAUGUACAUCAAUUAUAAUUGAAUUCGGUUUGUAGUAAGAUAUGGUUGUUCAAUACAUUCCAAAAUUUGAUAAAUUGAUCUACAUUUUGUAACACUUAUGCUCUCUGUUAUACAUGUAGUCAUAUAUUUUGUAUCUUUAGCAGUCAAUACGCUGUAAUGUCAUAUUUACUCUGUGGAUAUGUAGUCAUCAUAAGUCUUUUGCUAUAUUGGCAUUGAGUGUUUGAGUCCUGCUGGUCAGGGAAAUAUGUAACAGGUAAAGUCGUACGGCUUCGAUUGUAAGUUUAUUAUAUUUUUAUACGAGAUUAUUACACGUAUUAUUUAAUUGAUACAUGACAUACGUUAUAUGGCAUUUUUGAAACAUUUGUUCAAUAAUUAUUUUUUAAUUAUUGUAAAGGUUUAAAAUUAUGCGCCAUUGAAAUUGUUGCAAAUUCACGUGUUCAAUGUUUCUGAUCAAGGUUGUUGUUAUUACUGUUGUUAUAUAUUUCAGUCUGUGACUGGAUAGUUAUCUUAUGUUGAUAUUUCUUAAUUUUAAUGGUGCUCAUCAAAUAAAUUGUGUAAAGUUUACAUGUUAUAAUGGUAAAUAUGUUUUAUGGUGCUUGUCAAAUUAUUUUUGUGAACUUUACAUGUUAUAAUGUAAAAUAAGAAAGUUAUUUUUGUGUUUAAAAAGAUUUCAUGAUAGCGUAUGUACGUUUAUGUACGUCUGUUUGUUUUAUUAUGUGUUGCUCUAUGCGCUGUUUUGUUUUUUGGCAUAGUAUUAUAUAAGUAGUCUCAACUCAUAUGAUAUUAUAUUAAAGUCGUUGAAAAUGUCGGCAUGAUAUUUUGUUUCUUCUGAAAGUGUGCAGGUUGAUCCAUUAAAUCAACGUAUAUUUAUGCAAUAUGGAAUUCAUAUAUUUGUUUCAAUUAGACUAUUUGAAAACACAAUCUUAAUUGUUGUUUUCUUAUUUAAAACAGGUUUAUAGUUAAAUGGCGUAUUAACAACCUCCAUACAAUUCGUACAACAUUCGUUUGAUAUUAUUUAAUUUGUAUCGGUUUAUCCCUUAACAUUUGCUCGGCGCUCAUGGCAGUUCAAUAAGGGAGUAAAUGAUGCAAAUGUUGGUUCAGUGUGUGUAAAAACGAAAAAAUAAAGCACACAAACACAUUAAUGAAACAUGUACAUUUUUAUGAUUCAGUUGAUUUUUUGAUUACAUAUUCCCUCACAUAUUUGUGUCUUUUGCAAUGUAUAAUUGGUUUAAGUCAAUGUACGUGUAUAGUAAAUUACGAAUGAGUGCAAUGACAAGUGCAUACUAUUUGCGUUUAUAACAAGCUUAUAUUGUCUUCCUUUUAUUUUUAUGCCCCCGAAUCGAAAGAUCGGGGCCAUAUUGUUUUUGUCCUGUCUGUUUGUGUGUCAUUCAUUGUGUGGGUCCCAAAACUUUAACUAAAACUUUAACCUUCGUUUAAGAUUGGUCAUAACUUUUUUAAUAUUAAAGAUAGCAACUUGAUAUUUGGCAUUCAUGUGUACCCCAUUAAGCUGCACAUUUUGAGUGGUGAACGGUCAAGGUCAAUGUCAUCCUUCAAGGUCAAAAGUCAAAAA